GAACGCGCGCUACAGUAAGCGGCAGUGAUGUAAACAGUAGCUAGGUUAAGCUAACCUUUUAAUCCAGCCGCUUUCCUCCACAGCGCGAUAUAAAAAAACACCGCUUGUCUGUCGUCAGACCCCAAAAGCUUUGUCCCACUCUGGUGUGAGAGACGAUGUCAUCAGCAGUUAUAGACCCGAAACCCGCCUUGAUCUACUAAAGGUUUCGUUGCUGACGUGCUGAGACGUUUUAAAAACUUUCUUCUUAAAGAUGAACAGCAGCGUGAACAAGAAGGCACCCACAACAGCAACGCAGCGACUAAAACAAGAUUACCUCCGAAUAAAGAAAGACCCUGUGCCUUACAUCUGUGCUGAACCACUUCCCUCAAAUAUUUUGGAAUGGCACUAUGUUGUUCGGGGACCAGAGAAAACCCCAUAUGAAGGGGGAUACUAUCAUGGAAAACUGGUAUUCCCACGCGAAUUUCCUUUCAAACCACCUAGUAUUUACAUAAUAACCCCGAAUGGGAGAUUCAAGUGCAACACAAGGUUGUGCCUUUCCAUUACUGACUUCCAUCCGGACACUUGGAACCCUGCAUGGUCCGUCUCCACCAUCCUCACAGGGCUGCUGAGUUUCAUGGUGGAGAAAGGCCCCACGCUAGGAAGCAUCGAGACAUCCGAUUACACUAAAAGACAGCUGUCUGCACAGAGCCUGGCUUUCAACUUAAAGGACAAAGUUUUCUGUGAACUAUUUCCAGAUGUUGUUGAUGAGAUCAAGCAGAAGCAAAGGACUCAGGAGGAGCUCCGUUCACGACCAAAAGCUCUCCCUCUCCCAGACGUGAUUCCAGAUGGAGACCAGGGCCAUUAUGGGAUGCCAGCACUGAAUGGACACGCACCUUUGGGUGUAGCGGCAGCCCCUCAGCCGCUUGCCCUCCAGCAGGCUAACCGUAACCACGGACUCCUUGGUGGAGCGCUGGCUAACCUUUUUGUAAUAGUUGGCUUUGCUGCCUUUGCUUACACAGUAAAGUACGUACUCCGGAGCAUAGCCCAGGAAUGAGACAGGACUUGCUUGGGCUGAAGCCACCUUUGUGAGUAUCAAAUCACAAAAGUGAGCUCCUGUUCCUGCCAGGAAAAAACUGAAACGACUAACCUGAUCCACCCUUCUUGGAAGCUGAAGAAGAUCAGGGUGCUUUUUUUAAAUUAGCGUACAAGAGAAGCUCUCUAGGCUGAAGGUUGUUCACCAUCUCCGGACCACGUCAGUGCCUCAGCACGUGGCCACAUUCUUUUAAAAAAUGAUCAAUAAGGCCCAAAUACCUGAGGCAGUGUUGUUUCAUUAGUCAUGUUACAGAACAAAGGACCAGUGUUUUGUCAUUUUAAACAUACAAGUGGUAAAAGACCAAUUUCAACUGAGGAAUUAUUUAUAUCCACAGCACCUCUAUUUACUAUUUAUGGUUUCUUUUGGGUGUAUCUUCAUUUGUCCCUCUUGAUUUCCAUUGAUUUAUCACAUCAGAUUUCUCUGCGAUUGGCUUGGAGGUAAAAGUGUUCUAGUGGAUCUGCUUUUAACAGCAUUGCAACAACCUCUUUAUUUUUUUUAUUUAUUUAUUUUUUGGUGCAUCAUUUUAUUGCUGGAAACUUCUAUAUAUUAUAAUAUAGAAAGAUGUGGGGCAUACAAGGUGCUGUCAAAAAAUGGAAAUUGUUUAGUUAUACUUACAUUCAUUUUGUUUUGUCAGGCAAGAAUCAACUGUGGCUCUUAUUCCUUUGCACUUUGUGAAAGUGGUUUAAUAAAGCGUGAUUCAAUGAUUCGAUUCAAAUAUAAA